UCAAAUUCGAAGUCGUUACAGAGAAUGUUAUAAUUCCAUUCGUCAUGAUCAAUGAGUAAUGCUGAUGUGAUUAUGUGAAGCAACAAAUGUAGUUUGGGUGAUAAACCCUAGAAAAAAUAUUCAAAAUUCGUGUAAAAUUUUGAAGUAAUCCUUCGCACAUUUCAGCAAUCUAUAACCAUGUUUCAGAAUGAAAAUCAAUUUCCCAAAAGACUAAGAACAUCUGAACCGAUGCCAAAUCGAAGAACUCAAUACAAGACUGAACCGUGUUUGAGAUUUCAAAGGGGUACUUGCGAUUACGGUGAUCGCUGUUGCUUCGCCCAUGGUUAUGGACAUCUCAGUGGAUUCGCCCAUGGUUAUGGACGCCCAUGUUUCAAAGCUGGAAGUCCUUUGACUGCGCUUGACGGGGCUUCUCGUAUCAAAUAUAUGGAUGAAAAUCAAAACCCUAAAUGUAGCGAUAGAUCGAGAUUAUGCUGGAGAUUCAUGAAUGGCGACAAAUGUCAGUUUGGGGACAAAUGUCAUUUCAAUCAUAUCAAAACUGAAAGAGAGAGCGCUGUUAUAAGCGUUUUGAAUGUGGCUGGAAGAAGUGAAAUGCAGCAACAAAAGAAAACGCCAUGGAGGACAAAGCUGUGUAACAGGUGGAUGUCGACUGGUAGCUGUCCAUACGGUUUCAAGUGUUGCUUUGCUCAUGGAGAAUCAGAAUUGCGGAAGCAAAGAUCCAACGAUGCACAAGCUUAUGCAGAGAAUGCACCAUGCGACAAAAAAAUUGAUGGAAAACAGUGGGAAUUCAAGUGGAAAAAUGUUGAGAAAAUUGGUCGCGUUUAUGCUGAUUGGAUCACUGAUACACCACUUGUUCAUGUUGUAACUGGCAAUUUAGCAAGCUAA